UUUUUUUAAAGACAGGAAACGUUUCUUUGUUGUUGAACGAGAGAGCAAGAUGUCUUCCGUGGAUGUGGAGGACUUCAUCCAGCAGAACCGGGCUGUGGCGGACCAGGUGGAGACGUUUCGAGGCUACUGGGAGAGCGAGAAGCACUGGCAGGUCCGCCGGGAGUUCAUCCUCCGGAACGUGAACGACUACGACCUGGAGCAGCUGGACCACCUGCUCUCUCUGUCCAUGGUGUGGGCCAACAACGUGUUCCUCGGCUGCCGGUAUAGCACUGAGCUCCUGGAAAAAGUGAAGGAAAUGGCUGAAGGCAUCGUGGUGGAGGACGCACCCGUGUUCAAGACAAGAGAUGAAAUUAUGAAGAAGCAACAGGGUCGAUAACCAGCUCAUCAUCAUCUCUGCUCAUUGUGCCAGCAGAAAUCUGAUGACACGUCAGACCACAUUUCAAAAGUGGUUUAGAAUUGUUUAAAUACAGAUAUUGAUAUGUUUGUUAUUCUCAUCAACUGCUAGUUUUACAUUUUUUUUUUAAAGUGCUGUUUUUAUAUCUAUUCAGAUGCAGGACGAUCUCGUGUCUCCCUCUGGAACAGAAUAAAUAACUUGUGUUUUCUUCUUAUGGCA